AGCAGAAAAAUGGACAAGAAUUUUCCAACGGUGGUCGCGUGUCGCGAAUGAAAGUAUCCUCUUGAUGGUGGAGUACAGGAUAAUAUUUAGAACGAUAUUUUUCACUCUUGGCUACCAGAGUGUAUAAAGAAAAUCGCGUGUCUACUAUGUGGCUCAGUUCUCGCGUGGAGAUCCACCUCGCAACGUCUUUUUCGGAUUACUUGACACAGGGGAUCGGAGUAAAAUAUCGUGGGGGGCAAACGGUGCUCCUACCAUGGAUAGGAAAAUGUUCUUUCAUCUCGUCGUUCUCUUAUGUUUGAGCUGGCCACGCGUAACAGGCGCAGGGAACAAGAAGGAAGCGGCGUUCGAUCAGAUCGCAACCGCGUCCGAGAACGUGGCGCAAAACGUGGGGGAGAAGGUGGAACAGAGGCGGGAUAAUUUUCGAGACCAGUUGAUAACAUCUAUAAUAGACACGACCGUCCACUACGAGAAUUCGAACGGAUUCGUGCCUAUAUUGGUGUCCUCGUCCCCGCCGCCGUUCGACCCGCGCCAACAACUCGGUGGUUCCGCUUUGAAAAAGGACGAUCAAGAAACGAUCAACGUUACUUUGAACAAUUCGUUGAACGAAAAUGAAAAUUCGAGCAGAAUCGACGACGGCGGGAAGAACGAGGCGAAGGAAACGAGGGAGAGCGACGACUUCGUAAACGAUCCCAUAUACUCGACCGAGGCGAGGAUACUGCUCAACUUUUCUAAUUUGAACUCGAAUCGUAGAUCGUUCGAGUAUCAAGCCAAUCAUAACGAUUUCGAUCUGUUGAAAGUUAGGAACGAUACACCGGAGAUAGCCAAUUAUCCGAAUUUGUACGAAGAGCCGAGCGGAGGCAAUAUUCUCGACAAGCAAUCGUCGAAACGAGGUGAAACGAAGGAUCAAAAGACAGAAGGUUACGUGGGAAAUUACGGGAUGGUCGUUUCGCCUUCCUCGGGAAAUAACGAGGGCAAUUCGUACAGCUUUUACUAUUCUGCCGACCCGGCCGAGGAUAAAGAAAGAAGGAGGAGUCACGACAGGGAGAAAGUGGGUGGCAAUUAUCAACAGCGAUACGUCACGGGAUACGGCGGCCAGAACGAGCCAUCCGCCUCGUCCUUUCCAAGCCUGAACCAGGGUGUUUUUCUGAAGACCAACGUCAAGAACGACGGGACACCAUCCUCCUCCUCCUCCUCCUCUCAACUCACGAACAGCCACAAAUUUUCCAGGCCCGUCGUGGUCGCCGAACCGACAAGUUACAACAAGUUCGAUCAACCGUCCGGAAUAUCGGAUCUCGACGAUUACCAAACUUCGAGGAUCAUCGAAGGUUCGGAGGCGUCGCAUCGUUACACGAUGAACAACAGGGAUGGAAGGUUCGAGAACGACGAGGACUCGAGGGACACGUCCGACGACAGCGAUUACGUGGAAUACACGGAGAGGCCGAGAAAGGUGCAGCAGAAAAGUAGGAGGCGGCCCAACGGCAACUCGAAGAGGCUGCCGAAGGAGCAUCGAGGCUCGGUGGAGGACAGCGCGGAGGAGCACAAGGGGAAAACGAAGCAUCACUCGUCGAGAUCGAGGCAGGCUCAUCGGCAAAGAACGAGAGGGAGCUCGUGGUCGGACGAAGACAGGCAUCGAGAGCAGGAGGACAGCUACGAGGACGUUAGAUACGACGGUAGAUUGUCGGAGACGAGGCACGCCAAGUUCAGGCCGAGCACCAGCUGGAACCAGAUAUCCCCGAAUCUGGAGAUCUCGCACUCGAGCGGUAUCGAGAUCGAUCAACUCGAGAAACCUAAGCUGAUCGUUCCCGUCAAAGUGAACCUGGUGCCUACGAGCUUCGACCACGCAACGGCGAUUGGAAGCAGUCAAGGAUUCGACGUGUCGAACGCAAUUUUGCGCAAUAUCGUUUCAAACACGGCUGCCUCGAUAAAUUCUGGCGAGAACGAGGGGAAGAUAAGGGUGUCCACGCCCACCCUUCCGGACAUUAUCGUCGGCCAGGGCAACUUUCGCAAUUCGAUGCACGCGGUACUUCCGCAAACGAACGGCCAGCAGAGCAAUAGAUUCUCCCCCCAGAAUCUUAAACCCCAGUACCUGUCUACCACGAUAGCCCCCGUUUUCACGGAGCCUAACCCCAAUUUCCAGAACGUGCAGAUCCAGGAGGCGCAGGACACGACUCGUACGAGCAUCGAUCCCUCGAAUCAGAUGUCGGCCAACAACCACCAACCGCCACGGCUGAUACUUCCACAGCCGACCCUUCAAACUCUCUCGACGCUGGUGCAAACGCCUGUCACGGCGGCCGCCGAUUAUAUCCAGGUGAAUCCUCACGGGAUGCACGGCCAGAAUCCUAUUAGUCAUGGUAAUUUGCAGGUGCAACCGCUUCCAACGAUGCCCACCAUUACCCCAACCGUGGCGCACGCUAUACCGAUUACGAAGAUCAAUCUGAUAACGUCUGAAUCGCAAAGCAAGAACGCCCUGCUUCCGGACACGGACACCAAUUUCUUGGCCACGGCCAGCCUGGCGGUCGGCCACAACGAUCAAGGCCAAGUACCAUCGAACGACAAUUCUUAUUAUCUGGGAAACUCGAACGGCCAGCAAAUAGUUAAUAAGCAACCACCUCCUCAGGUGCCCCUGGCAGGCUUCUACCACCACGCGCUCAACGUUCCACCACCGAGAACGAAAACCUACGUUCAAACGACCAAUUUGUUGCCGGCGGUGUUGCAACCUGUGCCAACCUACACCAGCCUGUCCACCACUUCUCAACCGUUCCUAGGGAACACGGGCGGGGAUCAGGGCCAACGAUUUCCGAACCAGGGCGGUGUCGGGGAUAACGGCGGUUCCGCGUCAAAUUUGAGAAACGUGAAAUUCCCGUCUCUCGCGUAUCAAAUGAUCGAUAGCGCGGGCAGUCACAGCACCGACAAUAUCAACACGGUGAACGGUUUGCCAGGGAUCAAUGGCCAUCUACCGCACGUGGGGACCAGGAACGUGGAAAUCGUGAAUCCGAACAUGAAACCGGACGCCUCGAUCGUCAAUUCCUACGAGACGAUGCAUUAUCCGGCUGCUGUUCUGACCACCUCGAUACCCAUGUUCGCCACGACCAGCUUCGUCACGGCCAGACCCGCCCUCUUGUCUUCCACCAUCGAGCCGAUCAACGCGGCGACCGCGACCACCGAGGUGCGCCCUGUCGACGAUCCGACGAAGCCCAGGCCUGUGUACAACCCGCUCAACUUCGUGCCCAACGUGGACGUGGUGAAAAGUCAGAACGCCCUGAACGGUAAGCUGCACGCGGUCGAACCUCUGCAACAGAAUCUGAACCUCGUUCCGUUGUUGCCGGGUGGCAACUUCUUCAAGCCAAGCUUCACGGCCCAGAACGAGCUUCUCACGAAGCCGAAACUCACCUCGGAUCUGCAGGCGUACGCGGAGCAGAUGUUCAAGGAGUCUCUAAAGACCAUUUACAACACUCAGAAGUGGAACAACGACAGGAAGGCGGGCUACAAUCGGUACAACAUCACCGAUUCCGAUAUAGCGAAGUUGAGGAACGAGCUGCAACGAUUGAAGGCCUCGUUGGAUUCCAGGAAGAAGAAGAAUCAUGGCGAUGCCGAUCAUAGCGAGACCAAGGUGAGGACGACGGAGUUGUUCAACGGAUUGAAGCCGGACGAAUCUCUGAUGGCCGCGUUGGAACAAAUGCUGAAGAAGAGCCCGGCCGAUCCUUUGCACAAUUUUAACGGAGGUGCGAGCAAACCUCAUCGACAUCGCAGGCCUAACGAACAGGACAAUUACGGUUUGGGGGUUGCGACGGGUGAUCUCAGAGACACCAAGUUUGCCAAGGAGUUUUUGACACCGCCCCAGUUCAAUUCUCAUCGGGGGAAAAAUCAUUUCCACCAAACCGAGAAACCAGGAAAGAAACGGCCUGGACCGAGCAGAUACAAGAAUCACAAUCAUCAUAAUCAUCACCACAAUCAUCAUCAUCACCACAAUCAUCAUCAUGGGAUGCCAAGAUCGCAUCCGAGGAGUAGUUCCAAGGCGGGAGGUAUCGAGGCUUCUGGGUCGAGUAUCGAGCCGGUACGCGUCGACGGGCUUUCCAAAUAUGGAAAUGUCCACGAGUCGAGACAGUUCAGAAAGGGUUCGUCGUUCGAUUCUCGCCUCGGUUCCACUUCGCCCUUGUCCCGCGAGAAAAUUUCCCAUUUUUCCAAAACUGGUUUGAAAGGGUUGGAGGGCAAGGAGAACGCGUACAACAAUCCCAAGAUGCAUAAUUUUUACGGAAUGUUGAUGAAGAACAAGCAGCUGCCUGGCGGCGAUACCCCCAACUAUUUUCGGGACAAGGAUCAGUUGAAGCAGUUCUUCGAGACGGAGAAGCAACGAAUGCAGCAAAAGUUUUACGACGAUGCUUUGAGGGAUUAUUUUAAAAAGAUGUCAAAUUUGGGAUACUCCAAUUCUCGGAUAUCUUCGUCGGAGAAGAGGAAAGUUUGAAUUUGUACAAAGGAAUAUUCUAAAGAAUUUUUUUGUCGUAGAGUAAAUGUACUUUUUUAAUCGUAGAAAUUGGUAAGAUAAUGAAAUACGCAAAAAUUUGAUACGAAAUAAGUCUGUCCAUU